CGGAAUUUAGGGUGGGAGCCGGGACUUUAGGGUGCGGAGCGGAGCGGAGCAGAGACAAAACCCCCUAGCCCGGCAAAAACCCUAAACCCUAGUCCCCUUCUCCGCCUCCGCCUUUCUCUACGCGGCUUCCAGCGGUUGGGGACGGAGCCGCCGCCAUGGCAACUCUCCUGAGGCGGGCCUCGCUGCGGCGCGCCAUCGCUGCCGCCGCCGCCUCUUGUUCGAACCCUGAGAGCUAUAGGCAAGGGAUCUGCGGCUCUACUUUUCAUUGCCAAAAGUUCUCAUCUAAAGCCAAAAAGAAGACAAAGUCAAGUGGAACUGACUCUGGUGAGGAGAAUAUGUCAAAGAAAGACUUGGCUUUACACCAGGCUAUUGAUCAAAUAACAUCUGCAUUUGGGAAGGGGGCAAUAAUGUGGCUUGGCCGUUCGCAAGGCCAUAGAGAAGUACCUGUUGUAUCUACUGGAUCUUUCGCUUUGGAUAUGGCUCUGGGAACUGGUGGGCUUCCAAAGGGACGUGUCAUAGAGAUCUAUGGCCCAGAGGCUUCAGGCAAGACAACUCUUGCUCUACAUGUUAUUGCAGAAGCACAAAAGAAUGGCGGUUAUUGUGCCUUUGUAGAUGCAGAACAUGCUUUGGAUCCAGCUCUCGCGGAGUCAAUUGGUGUCGACACUAACAAUUUACUUCUUUCUCAGCCAGACUGUGCUGAGCAGGCACUUAGUCUUGUUGACACACUGAUUCGAAGUGGAUCUGUUGAUGUUGUUGUUGUAGACAGUGUAGCUGCUCUUGUUCCAAAAACUGAGCUUGAUGGGGAGAUGGGUGAUUCACAUGUUGCUCUUCAGGCUAGAUUGAUGAGCCAAGCUCUUCGCAAGCUGAGCCACUCCCUUUCACUUUCUCAGACAAUUUUGUUAUUUAUUAAUCAGAUCAGGGCUAAGGUAAGCACAUUUGGAUUUGGGGGACCAACCGAGGUCACUUCUGGUGGCAACGCCCUGAAGUUUUAUGCUUCUGUUCGCUUGAACAUCAAGCGUAUUGGUUUGGUAAAGAAAGGCGAAGAGACUAUAGGUAGUCAGGUCUCUGUGAAGAUUGUGAAAAACAAGCAUGCCCCACCGUUCAGGACUGCACAGUUUGACCUUGAAUUUGGAAAGGGGAUAUGCCGCAGUUCCGAGCUGCUUGAACUCGGAUUAAAGUACAAGCUUGUUAAAAAGACUAGUGGCGCGAUGUAUUAUUUCAAUGAUGUGGGUUUUCGUGGUAAAGAUGCUCUUAAAUCUUACCUUACUAAAAAUGAGAGUGUCGCAAAAGAUCUGGAGACGGCUUUAAGGCAAUUGAUGGAAACUGAAGCACCUAAAGAGCAGGAGGCAGAAGGCGAUUCCCCGAAUGAUCUGCCUGAAGAGAUUGUCGCACCUGAAACAUCAUCAGAAGAGGAACUGGCAGCUGUAAUAGAAGCUUAACCAGUGAUCUUUUGAUCGACUGGGAACAGACCUUCUGGAGCAAUUGUUCCGCAAAAACCAAUAUUUUGGGUCAUGAAGUCAAUGGUUCGGAUGGACAUGCAGUGCUGUGAUGAAUAGCCUUCAGUUAUUACUGUGUUCAUACAGUAUAGUGUAACCUGAAGAGGAUUCGCAUGUGUGAUACUCCAUGCUGAGCGUUGGUAGGAACUGAGGAAGGAAGCCCUGGGGGUGAGGUACUGUGGCUAUUUAAACAUUCGUAAGCAUCAGUAACAUGUAUUCGUGUAUAUAUGCUGCAUAUCUUAAAGCGGCAUCACUUUCUGU